AUGGCAGGCACAGGCGCCUUGUCCUGGAGCUCGUGGCUGCGCACCAACUGUGGCGGUGCCUGUUCCCUGCAGAGGCCGCUUGCAGAUCAAGACCGCGCAGCAAUUUGCGUCACGCGGUGCGGCGGCGCAGCGCAGGUCAACUCUCUGCAAUCCAGCAACGCCUGCUCGCCGCGGCUGAGUGGACACGGCAAAACCGACGCCUGA